CAAUGUCAACAGAGAUGUUUUAAUCAUAAAUCACUGGACUAGUUUCCCAGGAUGAUCAGCAUCUGAUCAUCAGUUUUUCCAAACUUACCUAACAGCCGCUUGCCUAAAAAGCAGUUCGGCGACAUUACAGGAACCAAAUAACUUUUGCUGUGAUCUGACCCUUCCAGGACUCCGUAACUGUGCAAGUUCCAGGCAGUGUCAUGGCGAGUAACCUCAUCUCCAAGGUGUUUCGUCCUCCUGUGUUCACACAGCUUGCGGCGGCGCUCCGGUCCCGGGGGAAUGUGGCUGCAGCUGCUGGAACCAGACUUCUGUCCAGUGACCCUCCUCCUCCGGAGAAGAUCAGCCGCUACCCAGUCCCCAACAAGAAAGACUUGCCUUAUGAUAUAGUGGAGCUCAUGGAGGAAGUUGAGUCCAAGGGAGGCUUUUUGCCAAAUGUCUUCAAAGUGCUCUCUCACAGGCCUGCAGAGUUCAGAGCUUUCUUCACCUACUACAAUGAACUAAUGAACAAGGAGACAGGCAGUUUAACCAAGGCAGAUCGUGAGCUGGUCGUAGUCGCAACCAGCAUCCACAACAAGUGUCUUUACUGUGUGGUGUCCCACAGUGCACUGCACCGCAUCUUCUCCAAGAAGCCCACUCUGUCUGAUCAGGUCAUUACUAACUAUGAGAACGCAGAUCUGGGACCGAGGGAGCGUGCCAUGCUGGACUUUGCAAUGGCCGUGUGUCGCAGCGACACCAUCACGGAGCAGCACCUCCAGUCUUUAGAGGAAGUAGGCUUUGACUGCGAGGAUGCCUGGGACAUCGCUGCCAUCGCUGCAUUCUUUGCCAUGUCCAACCGGCUCGCCCACCUCACCGACAUGAGGCCGAACCCAGAGUUUUACAACAUGGGCCGUGUUCCCAAGGACAAGAGCAAGGAGAAGGCAGGCGGGGAGCGCAAGUGAAAAGUGACACAAACAAUAGUCCUGCCCAAUGCUUGUGUUUGUGAGUGUGAGUGUGAAGGAGAGAAAGAGAUGGGCCUGUCUAUAACUCCAGGACUCUGUUACAUGCAUAUCGCUCUUGUCUACAAAUAAUAUACGUGUUCAAUUGAUUACGUGAAAGCGACAAUUUGAUUUUGUGAGUUUGUUUAUUUACUUUGACAUUUAGAAUUUUUGGUGUAAGUUUUUUAUUUGACACUUGCCGUGGUGGUGGUGGAGGAGGGGGGCGGGGAUUGAAAUAUUUUUGCAGUUGUAUGUUUGCAGUGUAAUUAUAAAGUUCACAAUAGCAUCAGUUGUCUUUUAACUCUAUUAAAUAAGAUCUUUUCGUAUAUAUUAUAUUUUAAUCUACAUGAUAAAUAGCUUAAAUUCAGUCCCAAGGCAACUCUUUAUCUUCUUGUUUAUGAAAUCAAAUGAAAGAACCUUGGUCACCAUGUGUUGCCGAAUGAUGUGUUCAAAACAUUAUUCACCAGCUCAAAACCAUUUUUUCUGCUUAAUUACAUUUUCUAGAUUUUUACGCUGCUUUUUCUGACUCCAACACUAAACUCUCACAAGUAUACAAAAUUUUCUUUCAUCUGGACCACAGUGCUGGCCCAGUAACACACCACCAGAUGGCACCAUACACAUGUACAUAUUGAAAUUUGUUAAAUUACACCAGCAGAACUGAAGGGCCUUAACUUAAUCUUCACUUAAUCAUCAUUUCAAAUAGAUUGUUUGAUAUUUUAUAAAUCCAGAUCAUUAUCCGUAUCUGUACGAAAAAAGAUAAAGAUCUCUGCAUUAUUUCUUGAGAAAUUCACAAAAAUAUAAAAACUAAGCCCUAGCUUGUAACCCUAAAAAUGUAUACAAACUUAACCACUCAAAUACAUAAA